CUGCUACCGGCUUUCUUGUUGUAUGCGAUUUGUUUUUGUGCUAUUUAUGCGUUUGUCCUGAUCUUUCUCCUGUCAAAAUGCGUGCGCCUAAUGCGCUCCUGUUCCUCCUCGCUGUCCUGCUUCUCCUGCUGACCUUCGUCCAGGGAACCCUCGCUCCGGACAGCCAGAAACCGAAGAGCAAACAUAAGGAAAGUACGAUGCGUGGCGGUCCCCAAGACAGCAAUGUUUUCGAUCUGGGAUUGGUAAAUCACGAACCCUUGGCCAAGGACAUCGUGGCCAACCACAGGGGCUAUUUCAAGGACACAGGACUAAGACGCUUCAAUGGCACCACCUUGGGCUAUGUGACCCCAUGGAACUCCCAUGGCUAUGAUGUGGCCAAGAUCUUUGCCAAGAAGUUCGACAUCAUCUCGCCAGUUUGGCUGCAGAUUGUGAAGCAGGGGGAUCGCUAUUCGGUGGCAGGAACCCAUGACAUCGAUGCGGGCUGGGUGACCGAUGUCCGCAGGAAGGGAAAGCAGGCCCACAACCAGCGAACUGUAAAGGUGUUUCCUCGCUUCAUAUUCGAUCACUUCACCGAUCGGGACAUUAAGCUGCUGCUUAGCGAUGCCCAGGAAAGGACGAAGGUGAACGAUGUCCUGAUCAAGUGCUGCAAGGACAAUGGCUUCGAUGGCCUGGUCCUGGAGGUGUGGUCCCAGCUGGCUGGGCGCAUUGAUGACAAAAUUCUCUAUGCACUGGUUCUGCAAAUGGCCAAAGAACUCCAGAAGCAGCAGUUGCGUCUCAUUCUAGUCAUUCCUCCGUUCCGCAAGGACACGGGCAAUCUUUUCGGGGAGAAACACAUGGACAAGCUGUACAAGCACAUAUUCGCUUUCUCCCUGAUGACCUACGAUUUCUCCAGUGUGCAGCGUCCUGGAGCAAAUGCACCACUCUAUUUCGUCCGCAAGGCUGUAGAGACAAUCGCCCCAGAGGGAUGUUCUGAUAUGGCGGCAAAACGUGCUAAAAUUCUGAUGGGUCUGAAUAUGUAUGGCAAUGAUUACACACCCGAUGGCGGAGGACCCAUCACCUUCUCUCAGUAUUUGGAUUUGGUGAAGCAUGUGAAGCGGCAUCUGACUUACGAUGAGCGGGACAUUGAGAAUUUCUUCGAAAUCAAAAACGAAGACGGUCGUCACAUUGUUUUCUAUCCCACUCUCUACUCAAUCAACGAGCGAAUAAAGCUGGCCCAAGAGUUGGGCACAGGCAUUUCCAUCUGGGAACUCGGGCAGGGACUGAACUAUUUCUACGAUCUCUUUUAGUUAGCUUGUAAGCAGCAUGCAAUGCACAACAUAUAUUCCAAAUAAACUGUCCGCUAUUUUAGCUAAUGCGCUUCUUACAGAA